AUGGGGAAGCCCGACGCGCCCCCGCAAUGGACGGGAAAGUCCAUCCGCAAGCUGUCGCUGCACAGGCGGCGCGUGAACCCCAUGAACCUGGGCUACGGCCUGGAGCACGUGCCCUUCCUCUUCCUCUACGCCUUCUCGCUCUACCACUGCCUCCUGACGGUGGGCGAGCCCUACGCCCAGGCCAUGAAGGAGCUGGAGGAGCAGGGGAUCGUGAUCCCCGGCUCGGGGGACGUCACGACCCCCGGCGAGGACGGAGGACUCGCUGCCGCUAUGCUCUCCCAGGGAGUAGUGCGCGAGGCGGCGGCUGCUGAGCCCACCAUCAACUACACGGCCAUGCUGGAGCGCGACGAGGACGGCCCGCCGCUGCCCAACCCGUUCCUGCCGGCCAUUGUGCCCCUGCUGUACCUGCUGGGCACGGUCAUGACCCACGGCCUCAUGCUGCUGUUCCAGAUCUGGUCGGUGCGCGUGAAGGCGUUCAUCAAGUACACGCCCGUGACGUCUCUGGACGAGGCCACGUUCGUGAUGGUGAUGCCGCGCUCCUUCAAGGGAAAGAGCAGCAUCGUCGAGAUCACCCGACCCAAGCACGCGGAUGGCUCGUCCGCGGGACGGCCGUACUUCCUCUUCCAGAAGCACAAGUACGUUGCUGAGGAGGAGGCGGGAGACAAGGGCGGCGUGCUGUUCCGCAAGCUGAAGGCGCCGACGACUGAGACAGUCAAGUUUUACCUGGAGUCCCAUGGCCUCACGUCGGAGCGCGAGGUCGAGGCGCAGCUGGACCUGUACGGUAAGAACGAGUUCAGCAUCCCGCAGCCGAACUUCGUGGACAUGUUCAAGCAGCAGCUGCUGGAGCCUCUGACGGUGUUCCAGAUCUUCAGCGUGUGUCUGUACAUGCUGGAUGAGUACUGGCAGUACUCGCUGUUCACGUUGGGUAUGAUUCUCAUGUUCGAGGGUGUCACGGUCAUGAGUCGUCUCAAGAACCUGCAGACUCUGCGUGGCAUGGGAAACAAGGCGCGCGAGCUCUACGUGUACCGCGAGAAGACGUGGACGAAGGUCAACUCGGACCUGCUGGUGCCCGGUGACAUCAUCUCGGUGAAGCGUGAAACUGAUGGCGACCACGACAACAUGGUUCCUUGCGACUGCUUGCUGCUGGAUGGCUCUGCUGUUCUCAACGAGGCUACGCUGACGGGUGAGAGUGUGCCGCAGAUGAAGGAGGCUAUUGGCACGAAGAUGAGCCCCGAGGACCUGGCGGAGCAGCUUGACAUGAAGUCUGGUCACAAGGUGCAUGUGCUUUUCGGUGGAACUACGGUGAUGCAGGCGGAUACGUCCACGGAUGGUCCAGCCGCUGCCACGCCGAUAAAAAAAGUCCCGCACGCUCCGGACAACGGCUGCACUGCGUAUGUGCUUCGCACGGGCUUUAGCUCAUCGCAGGGCAAGCUGGUGCGCAUGAUUGAAUUCUCGAGUGGCAAGGUUACGGGCAGCUCGUGGGAUGCGUACGGUCUUGCAUUUUUGCUGCUUAUCUUCGCUCUGCUGUCGUCGGGCUACGUGCUCCGUCAUGGCAUUGCACAGAAGGGAAAGAUUACGUUCGAGCUGCUUCUGCGUUGUGUGCUUAUCAUUACCAGCGUCAUUCCGGCUGAGCUUCCGAUGCAGACGGCUAUGGCUGUGAACUCGGCGCUGCUUAACCUGGUCAAGCUAUCGAUUUUCUGCACGGAGCCUUUCCGUAUUUCGCUGGCUGGCAAGGUGGACAUUUGCCUGUUCGACAAGACUGGCACACUGACCACGGAUCAACUUACUGCGGUUGGUGUGGUUUGCGAAGACACUACUACGCCGACUCCUGCUGCCCCGAAGGACAAUGUGCUUGGGCAUGUGCCGAUGAUCGCGGCUAACUUGGACGCCACUCUGGUGCUUGCUGGUUGCCAGUCGCUGGUUCAGAUCGACGGCAAGAUGGUCGGUGACCCGGUGGAAGAGGCCUCGAUCCGUGCUAUCGACUUUUCGUACGAUGCGGCGACUCGCCAGUGCCAGGCAAAGAAGGACCUUGAGCGCGCGAGUGAGCGUCGCUGGGGCCAAGGAAUCAACCAGAAGGAUGUCUUCGUGCAGAUCAUGCACCGCAACCACUUCGCGUCCAAACUCCAGCGAAUGAGCGUCGUUGCGAAGGUGCACCUGGGUGACAAGGGUAUGCGUGUGCGCUCGCUUGUGAAGGGAAGCCCUGAGGCUGUUGCGAAGCUAAUGCGCCCGGAGUCUAUCCCGGCAUGGUAUUGGCCGACUUACCAGAGCCUUGCUCGUCGUGGAAUGCGUGUGCUUGCCCUUGCGUACAAGGACAUUAACGGCCGGCCGUCGGAGGCUGAGGUUGCUCAGCAGCCUCGUGCGUGGGCUGAAAACGACUUGAACUUUGCUGGUUUUGCGGUGUUCCAGUGUCUGGUGCGCAAGGACAGUGGGGACAUUCUGAAGGUCCUGAAGGACAGCUCGCACCAGGUUUCGAUGAUCACGGGAGAUGCCACGCUGACGGCUGUGCAUGUGUCGAAGGAAGUGGGCAUUAUUACUCGCCCUGCUCUGAUUUUGAGCGAGAGCUCAUCGUCUAGCGACCCGCUCAAGUGGACUAGCGCUGAUGAUGACUCGGUGCUGGCACCGUACAAGAGUGGCGACAUUAAGAUCUUGGUGAAGAAGUACGACCUGUGCGUGAACGGUAAGACCCUCAUUGCCGCGGGUGAAGUGGACGACGUGAUCUGGAAGAACCUCGAACACAUUCGCGUGUAUGCGCGUAUGACACCGGAGCUGAAGGAGAAGGUGCUGACCUUGCUGAAGACUCACGGUCACCACACGCUCAUGUGCGGUGAUGGUGGCAACGACGUGGGUGCCUUGAAGCAGGCUCACAUUGGCGUUGCACUUCUGGGUGGAUUCGGAUCGGCGAACGCGGACAAGAGUGUGACUGGCCUGGCGAAGUACCAAAAGGGCAACGUGGCUACUGUGAGCACGCGUGAGGAUCUGAUGAAGCUGCACGUGUCGGCACUCAAGAAGCGCCUGGCGCAGCAAAACGUGAACACGGCGCACUGCAAGGUGAAGCAGGAUUACGUGGAGCUCAUUCUUAGCGAGCAGAAGAAGAAGGCUAUGGAGACGAUCAAGAAGAAACAGCAGGCUCUGGCUAAGAAGAACCCGAAGCUGAAGGUUCUCACGAAGGAAGAACAGAUGGCUGAGAUGCGCAGGAAGCAAGAGGAACUGGAGGCCGAUGUGCGCGCGCGCCAGGCUCGCGGUGAGUCGUUUGCUCGGAUGAAAGCCAUCGCGGCUUUCGCCAAGCGUGAGGCUGAAGAGAAGAAAAAGCUGCAGAUGGAGCGCACCGGAUCCAAGGGCUUUGCGAACUUCGCCAACAACGCUGCUAUGGCGCAGUACAUGGACGACUUCGAUGAUGGCGAGGUGCCGAUGGUGAAGCUGGGUGACGCGUCGACUGCCUCUCCGUUCACUUCUCGUGCUCCUUCCAUCAAGGGUUGCGUGGACAUCAUUCGUCAGGGACGGUGUGCGCUCGUGACGACGAUGCAGAUGUACCAGAUCUUGGCCGUAAACUGCCUCAUCAGUUCUUACUCGCUGUCGGUGCUGUACCUGGACAAGGUCAAGUGGGCGAACUCGCAGAUGAUGGCGCUGGGCAUGAUCUCGACUGUGGCCAGCAUCACGUUAAGCCGCGCUACCCCGCUCGACAAGCUGUCGCCUGUGCGUCCGCUGACGUCCAUUUUCCAUCCGGCUCUUUUCGCCAGUCUGGCCGGACAGUUCGCGCUGCACCUGGGCUGCAUGAUCUACCUCACGAACCUGGCGAAGGAGUACACGCCGGAAGGCGACCUCACGCACUCGAAGCCUGGUGAGUUCCAGCCCAACGUCAUGAGCACGGUCAUCUUCCUUAUCAAUGGCGUGCAGACGGUGAGUGUGUGCGCGGUGAACUACAAGGGCCGGCCGUUUAUGAAGCCUAUGACGGAGAACCCGGGUCUGCUGUACUCUCUCGGCAUCAGUAUCGUGGGCGUCUUCUUGCUGUGCACGGAGCGCAUGCCCAUGUUCAACAAGGUGCUGCAGAUUGUGCCCAUGCCCGACCCGCGCUUCACGCGCAUUCUGACGGGACUGCUGACUCUCGAGGUGCUCGGCGCCUUUGCCUGGGAUCAGAUCUGUCUGCUCGUGUUCGCGCCCAAGAUCUUCAUCGCCUCCAUGCGUGCUUUGACCUUCAAGGACGUGCGCCAGUUGUUGAAGAUGACUGUCGUCUCGCUGUUCAUCAUCUACAUCCUGGCCAACAUCGACUACGAGGAGAUCGAGCGUCAGCAGCAGUUGCUGGAAGAACAGCGUGCUGCUGCGGCCGCGCAGGAGAUCAGUAGCUAG